AUGGGUAAACGAGGAGCAUUACGUCAGAAAUAUGGAAUUAUUGAAGACCCAAAUGAUUGUUUGGUAACAUGUUGCUGUGGACCAUGUGCAGUGUGUCAAGAAGCAAGAGAAAUGAAAACACGAGGUAAGCAUCUACUGAUUAUAUGCAUGUAUGGCAGAACAAAGCGUGCUACUGCUAUAGGUUUACAACCAAUGGUAUAUCAACAACCGAUUGCAGUUGCUCCUGGUGCCUAUUAUCAUCAGUCGCAACCUUUACCACCGAUUGUUACACAACCGCCUCCACCAACAUACAAUAUUCCUCAAAAAAUGUAG